AUGGCUGUUAAUCAGACCGAAGCAAUUGCUGGGGUUAUCAGCCUGGUGGGAGGCUCUGUGUUCACCACUCAGCCUUCCAAGGCCAUCAAGUCUGCAUUUGCAGGCUACGUGGCUUCUGCUCAUGCGUUGAUCGAAACCAAUGAGCCUUUCCAGUACGUUGGUUCCUACAUUGAAGAGAAUCAGCCAGAGAAUACUGUCACUGUCACUACCGAUGGUCAGACUUUGUUCAACAACUUGCCAUUGUUGUCUCUGAAACCAUUCAAGACCACUGCUGUGGUUGUACAUGUGGAGGUUUCGUCUUUUGAUUACGAAAUCGUCACCGCCUUGACUGAUUCUACUUAUCCAGUUCUUGUCUCUCAGACUCCUCUGGAUGCUGCCAUCUACGCCCAAGCCGCUUAUGCUACUGCUGCUGCUCAGAAACUGACGGUUUUCCACAUCUACGCUCCUUCUUCUCUCAAGGAGAACGUGCAAGUGGCUGAACCUAAGAAUGCCGUGGAAUCAUUAGCUGAUGCCCUUGCUGAGUUCAAAAUUGCACCAUUCUCCACUCUUAAUAAGGUUAAGUCCAAGGACGCCAUCUUGUUCUUGGGUCAGGUGUCCAGAGACCUUGUGGAUGCUGCUACCGUGGCCGGCGCUUUGUUCAUCUCCGUCAACGUGUACCAGCCAUUCGAUUUGAAGGCUCUCUUGUCCCAGUUGCCAGCCACCGUUGAGACACUCACAUUGGUUGAGCAAUCUUCUAAGGUCACAUCCUUCUCGCCUUUGCUCUUGGAAUUCUUCAAGUCUUACUCGUCUCACCAAUCUUUAAAGAACUUCUCCAAGAUCGUGGCCGCCAAAUUUGGCUACGUGGUUCCAGAGAAGUACGAGGCCACUGUUUCCAACUUGUUGGCCAACACAAGAUCAGACUCUCCCGUACAGAACUUGUCUUUUGGCAAAUUGACUGAGUUGUCAACCAAAUCUUUCCAGCAAAAACAGUCUAAGAAGUCUGACGACAUCAAGAAGGUUUACGACUUGGAGCAGGCAUACUUGAAAGUCUUGAAGCAGAUCAAUGGUAGUACCAAGAUUUUGAACGACUUUUCCGCCGAGACCGUGAACUCUAGCAACCCAGAAUACGGUUAUGGUCACUUCUUGUACUUCAAGGAGCAGCAGAAUGCAUUGGCUUCCCUUGUAUCUUCUGCCAUUCAAAAGGGUGCAUUCUCUUCGCUCAACAACAGCAAGCUCAUUGAGCUCUUGUCGCAGUGGUUGGUCCAGCUUAGACGUGGCCAGCCAUAUGCCAACCUAGACGAGCUUGUCAAGCUUCUCAGCUCAGACGAUUCCCCAGAUGCCUCUGAGAUUCUCUCCUUGAAGCAGUACUUGGAGAUUGGUCCCAGCUGGUUGAUUGGUUCCGAUGCAUGGUCCUACGACUUGGGCUCUUCCGGUGUCCACAACGUGAUUGCCUCGGGCCAGAACGUUAACAUGUUGAUCAUUGACUCUGAGCCUUACUCCGACAAGAAGUUGAACGUUUUGCGUAAGAAGGAUGUGGGUUUGUACGCCAUGAACUAUGGAAAUUGUUACGUUGCAUCUGUGGCCAUCUACUCAUCUUACACACAAGUGUUGCAGGCUUUUAUUGAGGCUGAGAAGUUUGACGGACCUUCUGUAGUUUUGGCCUAUUUGCCAUACGAAUCUGAGCACUCUGAUAUCUUGUCCAUUUUGAAGGAAACCAAGAGUGCAGUUGACACUGGAUAUUGGCCUUUGUACAGAUACGACCCUACAAUCAAGGAAGAUGCAGACAAGUUCAAGCUUGACUCUUCGUCAUUAAGAAACCAAUUGAAGGACUUCUUGGACCGUGAGAACAAGUUGACCUUGUUAGCAGCCAAGAACCCUGAACUUCUGAGAAACUUGACUGCUACUGCCAACAGCGGUAUUAAGAAGCAGCAAGCCCAGAUCGAGGACGAGUCCUUCAAGCAAUUGUUGCAAGGUUUGUCUGGACCUCCAUUGACCGUUGGUUUUGCUUCCGACGGCGGUAAUGCCGAGGCUUUGGCUAGAAAGAUCAACAGACAGGCUUUGGGUAGAGGUUUGAAGUCAGUGGUUUUGUCCAUGGAUGACAUCACCGUGGAAGACUUACCUACUGAGACUAAUGUUAUUCUUGUGAGUUCCACUGCCGGACAAGGUGAGAUUCCUAAUAACGGUAAAGCCUUCUGGGAUGAGUUGAAGAACGCUCAGGACUUGGACUUGUCUUCUGUCAAGUUUUCUUGUUUCGGUUUGGGUGACUCUAAGUACUGGCCAAGAAAGGAGGACAAGCACUACUAUAAUAAGCCAGCACAGGACUUGUACAACAAGUUCAAGCUCUACGGGGGUGUUGAAUUGGCCGACUUAGGUUUGGGUGAUGAUCAGGACCCUGAUGGAUUCAGCACCGGAUUCGACGAGUGGAUUCCAAAGAUCUGGAAAGCCUUGGGUGUCGACAAUGUUGAGGGUGUUGAAGAGCCUAAACCAUUGACCAACGAGGACAUGAAGAUCCAGUCAGACUUCUUGAGAGGUACCAUUGCCGAGGGUUUGAAGGAUGACUCGACCGGAGCCAUCUGUGCCGUUGACCAGCAGUUGACUAAGUUCCACGGUAUCUACAUGCAAGAUGACCGUGAUAUCAGAGAAGAGCGUAAGCUGCAAGGUAUGGAGCCAGCAUACUCUUUUAUGGUUCGUCUUAGAUUGCCAGGUGGUGCCGCAACUCCAAGCCAAUACUUGAGAUUGGACGAGCUUUGUGACGUCAGAGGUAACGGUACUUUGAAGAUCACCACCAGAGCUACCUUCCAGUUGCACGGUAUUGUUAAGCACGACUUGAAGCCUGCCAUUAGAGGUAUGAAUGCUACGUUGUUGGACACCUUGGCAGCUUGUGGUGAUGUCAACAGAAACGUUAUGCUUUCUGCCCUUCCAGGUAACGCCACCGUGCACAAGCAGAUUGCCCAUGAUGGAUCGUUCAUAUCUGAAUACUUGUUGCCUCAGACCACUGCAUACCACGAAAUUUGGUUGGAGGGUCCAGAUGCUGGAGACAAAGAAGGUGACCAAGAGGUGUGGGAGAAUAGAAAGGACGGACCAAAGAAGAAGAAGACCAUGGUUGCUGGAAAUGCCUUGGUUGAUUACGAACCUAUGUACGGUCCAACUUACUUGCCAAGAAAGUUCAAGAUUGUCAUCACUGUUCCACCAUACAACGACGUCGACGUUUACGCACACGAUGUUGGUUUGAUUGCCAUUGUCGAGGACAACGUCGUCGUUGGUUACAACGUUCUCGCAGGAGGAGGAAUGGGAUCCACCCACAACAACACCAAGACAUAUCCAAGAACCGGAUCCAUGAUGGGUUUCGUGUCUAGAGAGAAGGUGCACAUUGCAUGUGAGAAUAUCAUGUUGGUCCAGAGAGACAAUGGUGACAGAACCAACAGAAAGCAUGCCAGAUUGAAGUACACCAUCGACGAUAUGGGUGUCGAUGUAUUCAGAAAGACGGUCGAGGAGUACUGGGGUGAAAAGUUCGAGGAGCCAAGAGCUUUCGAAAUCAAGAGCAACAUCGACUACUUCGGCUGGGUUAAGGACGAGUUUGGAUUGAACCACUUCACCGCCUUCAUCGAAAACGGUAGAAUUGAGGACACUCCUGAGUUGCCUCAAAAGACAGGAUUGAAAAAGAUCGCCGAGUACUUGAUUGAGAAACAGGCUUCUGGUGAGUUCAGAUUGACUGGUAACCAGCAUCUUCUUCUUUCCAAGAUUUCAGACGAAGACUUGCCUGCUAUCAAAGAAUUGCUUGCCCAGUACAAGUUGGACAACACCGACUUCUCUGGUUUGAGAUUAUCUUCCUCUUCGUGUGUGGCUCUUCCAACAUGUGGUUUGGCUAUGGCAGAGGCCGAGCGUUACUUGCCAGAGUUGGUUACCAAGUUGGAGAAUGCCUUGGAGUCUAUGGGAUUAAGACACGAUUCUGUUGUCAUGAGAAUGACAGGCUGUCCAAACGGUUGUGCUAGACCAUGGGUGGCUGAGGUUGCAUUGGUCGGUAAGGCCAUGGGAGCAUACAACUUGAUGUUGGGAGGAGGACACCACGGUCAAAGAUUGAACAAGAUCUACAGAUACUCUAUUAAGGAGGACGAGAUCAUGGACAUUUUGUUGCCAUUGUUCAAGAGAUGGAGCUUGGAGAGACACGAGGGUGAGCCAUUCGGAGACUUUUGUAUCAGAAUUGGAGUCAUCAACGAGACUACGGAGGGUAAGUACUUCCACGAGGGCAUUCCUGAAGAGGCCUAA